AUGGCUGGACCCGGAAACAAGAAAAAGAGACAAUUCGAGGGUCGCUUACAGAAGCCCUCAAAAAAGCAAAAGAGAAAGCAACUCCGAGCAUACAACAGCGACGACUCUGAACCCGAGGAGGAGCAGGAGUUUGAUGCUGUCAACCUGCUCGAUUCCGACGACGAUAUUCACAACGUUCAAGUCGACAAUGUCGGCGCUUCCGACAAUGAAGAGUCCAGCUCCGACGAGGAACGCCCUGCCCUGAAGAAGACUGCCAAGAUGACAAAAACAAUCAAGGCGCAAAAGCCCAAGUCCGACGAGCCAGAAGUCGAGUCCGAGGAGGAGGAAGACGAUGACGAUGACGAGGGAUCAGAAGACGAUUCAGACGAUGAUAUGGAUGGCGACAACACCAACAAGCGCAAGAAGUCCAAGCGAAACGAUCCCAAUGCUUUCGCUACAUCGCUCUCCAAGAUUCUCUCCACCAAGCUAUCAACAUCCAGGCGAGCAGAUCCCGUUCUUGCCCGAAGUGCCGCCGCCCACGAAGCUUCCAAGGCGGCUGUCGACAGUGCGCUAGAAUCUAAGGCUAGAAAGCAGCUCCGUGACCAGAAGAGGCGCGCAUUCGAGAAGGGUCGAGUAAAGGACGUUCUUAUCGCAUCCACAAAUGAAAAUACCGGAGAGCUGGAGACAUCUACAUCUGAGAUCAUGGAAACCGAGAGAAGACUACGCAAGGUUGCGCAGCGCGGUGUUGUCAAGCUUUUCAACGCUGUCCGCGCCGCGCAGGUCAAGGCCGUUGAGGCUGAGAAGGGUACAAGAAAGGAGGGUGUUAUCGGUAUGAAGAAGCGAGAGGAAAAGGUCAACGAGAUGAGUAAGAAGGGAUUCUUGGAGUUGAUUGCUUCUGGAGGCGGCAAAUUGAAAAAGGGUGGAAUCGAGGAGGCGUAA